AACAGUGACCCACGGGACACCGAUCGAGGACGGCGAGGGGCCGGGGGGAUGGCCGCUGCCGGCAAGAGCAGGUUCUCCGUCACGUGCGCGCUCCUGCGGCGGUACAUGAGGGAGCACCAGGGGCAGAUGGGUGACCUCGCCGGCUUGUUCCAGGCUCCAGCGCCCCCGGUGGCGCCCGAGGAGAACGACGACGACAGGAUCAUGCAGCUCUUCCCCAUGCGCGCCGUGGCGAUGCCGGCCCAGGCCGGAGAUGAAGAAGGAGGCGCCCAUGGCCAUCCUCUACGAGGUUCCUCAUCAACGAGACGAAGCACAGAUGAGGGCGGCGUCGCUGCACAGGUUCCUCGGGAAGAGGAAGGUCAGGAUCAGCGACAACUACCCUGAUCACAUGGACGACUCGACGCCGGCAAAGAAGAAGCAGAAAGACGCCGCCGCUGCCCGCAAGUCCUUCCAGGACGUGCCUGAUCCCUCGUGGCUCCGGCUCUGAAAACCCUUCAGCGUUUAUUUAGGAGAACAUUAUUGAUGGAAAACUUUCAAUAACCAUCUUAGAAGAAGACACGUAAGCACUCAAAAAGAGUUUGCUGUUGUGUCAUCUUCCAAGAUGAUUUACGGUUAGCUGAAGACUAUGCAACAGCCGGCUGUAAUUUUGUUGGUUGGAACGGCCGGUCCCAUGCAACGUACAUUUAGAAUUGCAAAAUAGUGGUGAGCUGCUGUACGCUCGCCAGUCUAUUUUUAUACACCAAAUUUUC